AUGGCAGCUCGGCAACCCUCUCCCACGAAAGCGCCAGUGCCGCCGGUAUUGUUCACCUACGAGUUGCUCGAGCUGAUCCUGUUUGAGCUUCCAACGCGAGAUCUGCUCCUGUCGCAGCGAGUAUGCACGAGGUGGAAGGCAGUCAUUGAGAACUCGACCGCUCUGCAGCAGGCUCUGUCCUUCAAGGCCAUUCCCGGAGUUGUUCCUUUUUGUGUCGAACUCUUGGAAGGCGAAGAGGAAGAGGAAGUCGACGAGCAUGGCUCCAACUACGGAGACGGAGACGACGCUGAACCUGACGACGCUGACCCUGACGACGCGGACGACGGAGAAGAUGCUGAAAACGCAGACAACGCGGACGCCGGAGAAGAUGCUGAAAUGACAGACAACGUGGACGCUGGAGAUGAGGCCGACAAUGCAGACGAUGCAGAAAAUGCGGAUGGCGCAGCAGACGGGAACGAAGGGGACGAUACAGACGCUGCGGAAAAGGAGAAAGAGAAGCCGUGGGAGUCUAUGUUCCUGCUCAAUCCCCUUUUAAAAUCCCUGCACUUCGACUGCCAUACCGGACAGAUCCUCCCAGGCGAAACACUGCUCGGCAGCUCUGACAGCCCCGCUGUCCUUCCACCCUUUAUGCUGGUCCCGCAUGCGAGUUGGCGGAAAAUGCUGCCUACACAACCUCCGGUAGUGCCGAGCAUCAUCAGGACGGAGAUUUCCGCGAACCCCGAGAAGGUGGUGACCUUGCUCCAGGCCGAAGAUGCGAGCAGCGCAGUCAGAGCAUACGUGACAAUGUUCGGCGAUGACUUCAUGGCGGAGGACUGGGAAUGGUGGGAUGAGCAGAACGUGCCAGUGGAUCAAUGCAGGCUGGGCAAGAUCUACGAAGCCCUGGACGAGAAGCUCGCGCUCGUCCCCAAGGAAAUCGAAGAGAUCCGGAGUGAAGGCAUUGUGAACAUUGGCUCCGCUGAAGCACCCGUGUAUAACCUGGUUCGAGCACCUGGUCACAGCGAGCUGUCCUCGAUCGCUGGGUAUCCGAAUCAGCCAUUCCUGGAGAAUAACCACCAGCUCAAAGACUUGGAGGGGGACUUGCGCCGGCGUAAGAGGGCCAAUGGUUUUGUCGACCCGUGGGCGGACCGCUCCACAAGGGGUGCAUGGGCACCGAGUUUCACUAAGUCAGAGCUGGACCGUCCAACUGAUGGAGAUGCUGACCAUCUUUUGUAG